AUGGGGCAGACUGUGUGCAUCUGCUCCCGUGGUUCCAUCACCAUUGAUAACAAAAAGUACUACUUCUUGCAGAAACUAGACGAGGGUGGUUUCAGCUACGUGGAUCUCGUCGAGGGGGUAAAGGAUGGUCGCUUCUAUGCCCUGAAGAAGAUUCUGUGUCAUGACCGCGAAGGUCGCCAGGAGGCCCAGACAGAAGUGGAAAUGCAUCAGAUGUUCAAUCACCCUAAUAUACUGAGCCUUGUAGCGCACACCUUUGUUGAGCGUAAUGGAAAGAGUGAAGCAUGGCUACUCUUACCUUACAUCAGAAAGGGCAGUCUGUGGUCGGUUCUUGAAAGGCUUCGAGAAAAAGGCAGCUACAUGCCUGAAAAACACAUUUUAAAAAUCUUUCGUGGGAUUUGUUUGGGACUCAAGGCUAUUCAUGACAAAGGUUAUGCUCACCGGGAUCUCAAACCUACAAAUGUGCUCCUUAAUGAGGACGACAGCCCCGUCCUGAUGGACCUUGGGUCUAUGAACAGAGCCCGCAUUGAGGUGCGGGGAUCCAGAGAAGCAAUGACGCUACAGGACUGGGCUGCCCAGAGAUGCACCAUCUCUUAUCGUGCCCCUGAGCUCUUCAAUGUGGAGAGCUACUGCGUUAUUGAUGAGCGCACAGAUAUCUGGUCACUGGGCUGUGUUUUAUACUGCAUGAUGGUACUGGAGGGACCCUAUGACCUCGUGUUUCAAAGAGGCGACAGUGUCGCCUUGGCGGUCCAGAACCCUGUGGUCAUCCCGCAGCCUUGCAGUUACUCAGAGGGGCUGCAGUUGCUGCUAAGCUCCAUAAUGGUGUCCAACAUCCAGGAGAGGCCCAACAUCAGCUGGGUUCUUGAGCAGGUACAAGACCUGCAAAGUUGCAGCCCAAACACCCAAACCAAUAUGGUGUGA